AAUUUUUUUUAAUAUACAUAGUUAAGGCAGACAAAAAAAAACAAAACAGCAAUAAUCAGAUCAACAACAUUUUUUUUUACUAUUCGAAGAAGCCCGACUUUUAUAAUAAUUUAGUAUCGUUAACUAGUGGUUGUUUUAACUAAUCUGUAGUAAUAACCAGUUACCAACUUGUCGUUCAGCUUACUGAUUAAUAUUCAAAAAAACUUCAGACUUUUUCUUUUUGACUUGGAAACAGCAGAUAGUUCCCAGACAGGUACGCCUAGCCAUACAUAAAAAACAGGUAACAAAACAGAAAAAAGUGAAAAAAAGAGAGACAAAGCCAAAGGUAUACUGAAAAGAUUCAGACCCAGUAAAGAACUAGAGUUAUUAGAAGAGUUUAGGACUAUAUCACCUCCUCCUUUAAGUCACCAGUAUGAUGAUGACUAGUUUAGCAAAUGACGAUCCGAAUUUAAACCCAGAUGACACCACUGGAGUCGUUGGUGGCUUACCUCAAGUUAAAGAUGAAGACCAUCUUCACCAUUAUCCAAAUCAACAAGCAUCUCAACAAGUAAACACUCAACAGCCACAACACCAAAGUCAAACUGCUCAAGCCUCAGGCCAACACGUUCAACAUCAUCAACAGCCUCAACAACCUCAACCUCAACAUCAUCAAUAUGAUCCUCACCAUACACAAUUAUACCAUUCUACAACUCCUCAACAACAACAUUCAAUCCAUGAUCCCCAGUUGACUCGUCAACAACAAAUGCAACUUCCUCAACAUCAGUUACACCAACAACACCAUCUCAGUCAUAAUCCAGUAGCUGCUGCUGCGGCCGCAGCUGCCGCAGCUGCCCAACAACAACAACAGCAACAACAACUUCAACAUCAUCUUGUUCAAUAUGGAGCUCCUGAUCAUCAUCACGAUCAACAAGAUCAUUUAAAUGUACAAUUAACUCAACAAUUGCCAUCAUUUCCAACUUCACUUACUCCUCAACAUCAUUCUCAUUUCCAACAACAACAACAACAUCAACAACAGCUUCAACGACAGCUACAACAACAACAACAGCAACUUCACCAACAACAGCAGCAACAACUUCAUCAUCAACACCAACAACUUCAACAACAACAUUUGAGCCAUCAUCAAGUAGGUAUUCCUCAACAAUCACAAGUUCUUCACCAACAACAAGUUCAAGUUCCACAACAACAACAUCACCAUCAUCAUCUUGAUAUGUUGGCUGGAACUGGAGCAGGAGUUAGUCAAUCUCAUGAACAAGAAUAUUCUGAACCUCCAGCCAAUCGUAAAGUUGCCCCACGUUCGACUGAUUUGUUUCGUGUUGGACCUCAAUUCAGUGAAACUAGACACCAUCAAGAAAUUUACUGUAAAGGUAACGAUAUGGUCGUUAAUCCUAUUUUAGAAGCCCGUAUUGAUCGUGGAUUUGAAAUUGGUGAAAAUGGUAAUUGGAUUGGUUACAAGAGAAACUAUUUCACAUUAGUGUCUGCUUUUACUCUUGAAAAUUUUAAUUUUGAAAGAUUUAUUAAUAAUAAAUUUUAUACAUUUGAUAAAGCUAGAGGUAAUGGAGCCAAUGGUAGUGUUAAUGGUAAUGGUAAUGGAAAUGGACAUUUACAUCAUCCACAUCAUCCUCAACUUCAUCACUCUCAAUUAGGAAGUAAAGUUGAUAUUAGUUAUUUUGCCAUUAGAUUGGUUGCUAAAUGUAGUGAUGAUGAUGUAUCAAUUAGUUUAAUUCAACAUACUGCUAAAAGAGAUAAAGGACCUCAAUUUCCUCCUCCAAUUUAUCCUGCUGUUCCAGGUGAUUUACCUGACCAUGAAACUGUUCGUGCUUCAUGUAAUAAAAGAAAUGGUAAUAAAAUUGAAAGUAUGAAUAAAAUAUUUUAUUUUGAUAGAAAUGAUUAUUAUCAUCAUGUGAAUUUGAAUUCUAAUAAAGAUGAUUCAAUUCUUAAGAAUUAUCCAAGUGAUUCAAUUGCUCGUAUUGCAAGAUUUGAAAGAAUUCAAUUUACUUCAUCAAUUAGAAUUAAAUCUGCUUCAACUAAUUCAAGAUAUUUUACUUUACAUGUUGAAUUAUUAGGUAUAAUUGAAGAUGAAGAUUUACAAAUUCAACCUAUUUUAUUAAGCUCAAUUGAAACUCCUCCUUUAAUUAUUAGAGGUAGAUCUCCUUCCAAUUAUCAUAAAGAUAGAACUUCUGGUUAUAGGGGCCAUAUUCAAACCUAAACUUAACUGGUUAUUAUUGUCGUUAAUACAAAAAGAUACAAACAAAUAAACCAAAACCAGACCAGACCAGACCAGACCAAAUCAAAAUAAAACAAAAGAAAGAAAAGAACAGAAAAGAAAAGAUACAGACAAAACAGACACCAAUUAGACCCAUCGCUAAUGCGAAUGUAUCGAAUGUCAGUCAUCAACGAGAACGACUAAAAGAAUCAUAAAACUCCCCCUGUAAUUUUACUAUAAUCAUUUUUAUACCUUCAUUGCUUAGUUACUAUUUUUAUACUUUUAUUCAUUCAAAGCUCCUUCGUACUUCUGUUUAUAGGCUUGCUUGAUACUGCUA